UUAGGCAACAAUCCACGUGGGAAUACAGUUGCUUUCCCUUUCUCCGCCAAAUUAUGUCACCACUUUUGUCAAAACAUCUGCCUGGAAAAGCUUUUGUGCAAUCAGUUUAGACGCCUAAUUAGAGGGGACUUUUUCACUGGGAGGAAAGCUCCUGUCAAAUCCUACUCCUCUAAUUAUUCGUCUCUCGUGGCCCUUUACCACCGGCUUUGGGUUUCUCUGUUAUGCUUUUGUUGUUUUUGCUUUUGAACUGAAUUCAUGGGGUUGAUUUUCAGCUGGUGAGGUUUGAGGCUGAGGCCGAGGCUGAGGUUGAGGGAGGUUAAAAAUGGCUUCAAUGUUAAGCAGCACAGUGCUGAAAAAAAGGUUGGGAUUCUUUACCAUAUUAGAAUGUUCAACUUGGAAUAGUUUUACAGCUUGGAAUGGGUUGUAAAAAAAAUUCUAUACUGCAGUUUCCAUAAGAUUCACCUUCCUUCUUCUUCAUGUGCAAGGCAAUAAAAAAAUAUUGGUGGUACAGUGCUACUGGUUAGAGGGUUGUGAACCUUUUUGUUAUUUCUUUCUAUUCAAUGGGCUUGUAUCUAAUCCGAAUGCUUAUAACCCUAUUGGAGGUGAUGGAAUGAAUCGGAGAUUAGAGACCUUUUCAAGGUAAUAGUUCUGAGUUUUCAAUCCCUGGGUAAAGGUCUUAUCAAGGUAAAAAAUACCCAUUUCAGAGAGAAGUCCUUAAGGCCCUCUUCAAGUCAGUAGUUUCAAGUUUCAAUCAAGGAGUAGAAGUCUCUUCAAUCGAAAGAUGGAGCACUGUUCGAAGUAAUAGUGUCAAUCAAGAGGCAGAGUGGAUGAAACCCUCUUGGAGGUCCCAAUAGCAAUCAGGGAAUAGAUCCUGAACCCUUUUCGUGCUAUUACUAAUCCAUGGUGAUAUUUACUGAUUUUCAGAGGUCUAUGUGACAGAGGGAUUCCAUCGAAGAACCAGAGGAAUCGGAUAAAAGCUCAAUAGUCUCUGAUAAGGUUUGCCCUAAUCUGGUAUCAGAUUCUGAGGUAUGGGUUUGGAGAGAACUAAUGCCAAAGGCAAUUAUAACUUGAGGCCUAGAAAGCGUGUCUCUGGUCUCCAGGAGAAGAAGGAAAAGAAGAAGAUUAUUUGCAAUGGCGGUAUAUGCCAGAAUGACAUUCAUGAGGAUAACGGCAAAUUAGAGCACAAGACUUGCUCUGAAACACAAAAUGGUAAGGAAAGGGGAGGAGACGAUCGUAGUUCGGGCUUUGACAUUGAAUCUCAGGAUGCAGAUUAUUCCUAUUUACCGGGGCUGAAUGAUGAACUGGCCCUGCUCUGCCUGGUAAAGGCAUCUAGAAGAGAGUAUGGCAAGCUUUUUUUGAUAAAUAAGAGGUAUAAAGCUUUGUCUGAGAGUGGAGAUCUGUACAAGAUUAGAAGAAAAAUGGGGAUUUAUGAGCAAUGGGUUUUCAUGCUUGCGAGCGGCCAAUUUGAGUGGCGUGCAUUUGAUCCCAAAUCAGGGAGCUGGAGAGCGCUACCACCAGUUCCUUGUGAUUCCUGCUUUGCUGCGAGUGAUAAAGAAAGCCUUUGUGCUGGCACCCACGUUCUUGUAUUCGGAAGGGAGAUUGAGGGCCAAGUUAUCUGGAGGUAUGAGCUUGUAACCAAUAAAUGGUUUAAGGGUCCUUCCAUGAUAACUCCAAGGUGUCUUUUUGCAUCUGCUAGCUGUGCUGACUUUGCCUUUGUGGCCGGAGGAAUAGGCCCAAAUAGAGAAAUUCUGAAAUCCGCGGAGAAGUAUGAUCCUGACAAACAGGUAUGGGAGCCUCUCCCUGAUAUGCACAGGGCUAGAAAGCUAUGCUCUGGAUGUUUUAUGGAUAACAGAUUUUAUGUCAUUGGAGGAACUGGGGAGGUUGGAAACCUCAACUGUGGUGAGUUCUACGAUUUUGAGAGAAAAAAGUGGGAGUUGAUUUCAGAUAUGAUACCAGUGAGUAACUCGAGCUCAAUUUCUCAGGCACCACCUCUUGUUGCAGUUGUUAACAACGAGCUCUAUUCUCUUGAGGCCUCAACCAAUCAGCUGAAAUUCUAUAUCAAACAAACUAAUAAAUGGAAAGCCCUGGGCCAGGUCCCUCUUAGAGCUGACUGUACUAGUGGUUGGGGAGUAGCCUUCAAGUCCCUGGGUGAUCAGCUGCUUAUGAUAGGGGGCGUUAAAGAUCCCCAUCAACAUACUAAUGGAUAUGGCAUCUCUAUUUAUUCAUCAUACCCUGAACCCAAUAAACCUGAGGCUAAUUGGCACUUUGUGACAAGAGUAGGAGGAUCUGUUGGUCCCUUUGUCUUCAAUUGUGCUAUUAUGUCCACUUGAAAUCAAUUAAUGCUGUGUUUCUAUCUAUGCAUGGAUUUACAGGGCUUAGGACGCAAACUAGGUUUCCUUCACAUAUAGCUGUACUUAAAAGAGGCGAGUUGUUACCAUACAUACCAUCCCCAAAGUAAAGCACAAAGUAACCUUGGGCGGUUGAGCUCGUGUGCUUGUAAUUAAGAUUGAUAUCUUCAUUCAAUCACACAGUAAAAGGUGGAUCAUAGCUGCUCAUCUAUGUUGCUCGUCUUGCAUAACUUUAUGACUUAUAAUUUUGUUCCCUGCAUCAUGUUCAGUUCUCCUAAAUGUAGCAGUGCUCUUAUGACAGCUACUGCUUGUUGGAUCAUAGCUGUCCAUCUGUAUUGAAUGCCUUGCAUAAUUUCAAGGCUUAUCAUUUUCAACUUCACUGCUCCAAAUUUUGUUAUCUUCUAAAUGUGCAUGUCUCUCUUUAAAAUUAUUGCUCAUUGGAUUAUAUCUACUCAUCAAUGUUGCAUGACUUGCAUAAUUUCAUGGCUUAAUCAUUAUGAAUUUCACUGUUUUAAGCCUGGUUGGCUCCUA